GUCUGUGAUUGAUCACCCACUGUGAAUUGUAUCCCCGUAACCACCUUCACCAUCUCAUCAUCAACUUUCCCUCUCCCGUUCAUCAUUCAUCCUCUCUCAUUGCUCAAUUGUCUACCUCUUCUCUUUUGCCGCGCUUGUCCACUUCAUCUUAUUCCAGUGUGUUGCCGUGCAUCAUCCCAGCUGCUCCAUACUGCCUUUCCAGUGACACCGUUGCCCUCCAAUAGGUGCAUUACCACCACCCUUCUUGGGGACGACAUCACCUUCUCUACCACUACCACUACCACUCUCACAUCCUCUCUUAAUUCGUCAUGCUCUCCACACUCAGACCCGCUGCCAGAACGGCCCUGCGACAGCAACAGACUGUUCGCCUCACUGCCGCCGCGAAUGCCUCCACCUGGGCUAGUGUCAAACAGGGUCCUCCUGAUGCCAUUCUAGGUAUCACCGAGGCAUUCAAGAAGGACAGCUUCAAGGAGAAGAUCAACUUGGGUGCUGGCACAUACCGCGAUGACGCUGGCAAGCCCUAUGUCCUUCCCUCUGUCCGCGCAGCUGAAUCCAAACUCCUUGACCAGAAGCUUGACAAAGAGUAUGCUGGCAUCACCGGUGUACCGUCAUUCACCAAGCAUGCCGCGCUCCUGGCCUACACCCCAGAGAGCAAAGCCAUCAAAGAAGAUCGUGUCGCCAUCACCCAAUCCAUCUCCGGUACAGGUGCUUUGAGAAUAGGUGGUGCGUUCUUCGAGCGACAUUACCCUCAUGGCAAGACCAUCUACAUCCCAACCCCUUCUUGGGCAAACCACAAAGCCGUCUUCUCCGACGCUGGACUGGAGGUAAAACCAUACAAGUACUACAACAAGGACACCAUCGGUCUUGACUUUGAGGGUAUGAUCUCCGAUCUCAAGUCGAUCCCAAACAACAGCAUCGUCCUGCUCCAUGCAUGCGCCCAUAACCCCACCGGUGUUGACCCUACACAAGAGCAAUGGCGAGAGAUCAGCAAGGUUGUCAAGGAGAAGCAACACUACCCGUUCUUCGACAUGGCAUACCAAGGAUUUGCUUCUGGUGACACUGAUAAAGAUGCCUUCCCCGUCCGCUUGUUCAUUGAGGAAGGCCAUGGUCUGGCUCUGGCUCAGUCUUUUGCCAAGAACAUGGGUCUCUAUGGUGAACGUGUUGGUGCAUUCAGCAUUGUCACCGACAGCGCAGAAGAAAAGGCGCGCGUCGACUCUCAGAUCAAGAUUCUUGUUCGCCCUCUUUACUCCAACCCUCCCAUCAACGGUGCUCGAAUUGCCAGCGAAAUCCUCAGCAACCCAGAACUCAACAAGCAAUGGUUGGGUGAGGUCAAGGGCAUGGCCGAUCGCAUCAUCAAGAUGAGAGCCUUGUUGAAGAAGAAUCUUGAGGAUCUCGGAAGCAAGCAUAACUGGGAUCACAUCACCAACCAGAUUGGUAUGUUCGCCUACACUGGUCUAAGCCCUGAGCAAAUGGACCAAUUGGCCAAGGAGCACUCGGUCUACGCCACCAGAGACGGACGUAUCUCUGUUUCAGGUAUUACCAACGCCAAUGUCAAGAGACUCGCCGAGUCCAUCCACAAGGUGACCUCGUAGAGGCCAGACGCCAUCAAGCCUCGAGUUGAUGACAGUUUCCUGGCUCUGAACUCGAAGGCGAUCAUGUCACAUUAGCAUAUCAAAUCCAUAGGGAAACCAUGUGCCAACAGACUGGUUCCAGAAUCGGGGCAGCUUGGGUCAGGUGUGAAAACAAGAUCUCAUAGACGGCAGUUGAGUGGCAUAUCUGAACACCGCCAGUUCUGCCAUUCGUGCAAGCCAUUGCAAUCUCGAUAGACAACAGAAAACCGUGGAAAACCCUAGACCACAGGAUCAAAGAAACCACUGAUGAUUGUGAUGCAAUAUUGACACUCGGAAUGCCAUUGAUAAUACUGACGAGAUCUCAAAUUAUACCCAUACAGGACGAAGCAUACCAGGGGCCACUAACAGCAUUUUAAUCGCAAUCUAUGAAACCCUGAGACGAUCCACAUUGUGUGUUGGAUGGUCGAUCCCAG